UCUUUCUACAGCUCAGUGACCCUGUGGGGUUUUCCCCAUGGAGCUUCCUCUCUCUCUGUCUCUCCUCCUCUUCCUCCUCCUCCUAGGGUUUUGGGUAAUUCCACAAUUCACGAGGCAUGAUCAUUUUCCCCACUUGCAACGGUUUCUGGAGAUUUCAAUCGAAGAUCCCCAGAUUUUGGGAAUUUAACAAUCAAACGAUUUUUCAAAAUCUAAACUCUGUUUUUGGUAGAGAAGAAGAAAAAUCGGCAUUUCUGAACAAUGCCUACUCAGAAAUCGAGAUCGGAGAAGAAAGACGCCGGAGAAGAUGAGCUCCGACGGAACCCUUAUCAAGUCCUGGGAAUCCCCAGCAAUUCGACGGAUCAGGAGAUUAAAAGUGCCUAUCGAAGAAUGGCUCUCAGGUACCAUCCUGAUAAGAAUCCAAACGAUCCUGUUGCAGCGGAUAUGUUUAAGGAGGUUACAUUUGCAUAUGACGUCUUGUCUGAUCCGGAAAAUCGGCGUCAAUAUGAUACAACUGGCUCUGAGGCUGCUGGUCCGGAAAAUGAAGACCUUGAGCUCGAUCUUUCAAGCUUAGGAGCUGUUAAUACUAUAUUCGCCGCACUGUUUAAUAAGCUUGGUGUGCAAAUCAAGACAACUGUCUCAGCAAAUUUGUUGGAGGAGGCGCUGAAUGGUACGGUUACUACAUUGCCUCUUAAGGUUGGGCAAGUUGUGUCUAGGAAGGUUGAAAAGCAAUCGGCUCACUUUUAUUCUAUUACGCUAACAGAGGAAGAAGCCCAGGCUGGGUUGAUAUGUAAGGUCCAGUCAUCUGCUAAAAACAAAUUCAAGUUGCUUUACUUUGAUCAAGAAGAGAAUGGAGGACUGAGCCUGGCACUGCAGGAAGGCAGCAAGAAAACAGGAAAGCUCUCGACUGCAGGGUUGUAUUUUUUUGGCUUCCCUGUUUAUCGAUUCGAUCACAGGGUUAAUUCAAGGGCUCUCUCAAGGGAUCCAGAGACUGGAUUUUUCAAAAGGCUUGAUGCAUUUCAACCGUUUGAGAUCACUGAACUUAAAGCUGGAUCUCAUGUCUUUGCUGUUUAUGGUGACAAUUUUUUCAAAAGUGUAAACUACACUCUAGAAAUAUUCUCAUCUGCUCCAUUCGCUAACGAGAAAGAGAGUCUCCGGUCAACCGAAGCUCAGAUAGUCUCGAAAAGAACCGAGCUAUUGAAGUUUGAAUCUGAAUAUCACGAGGUCUUUGCGCAGUUCACAGAGAUGGCUAGUAAAUGCACAGGUGAAGUACAAGAGAUCGAUGAGCUUCUCAAGAGGAGGAACGAGAUAUGCGCAGCUUACACGAUAUUCCCACCAACAAAGCAAGGUUCAAGCAAGAACAGGAGCUGGAGCAGGAAGAAGAGCAGUCUUUUAAUGGAACCUAGAGAAGAAGGAGAAGUCACUGUUAGGGAAGAAGAUGUAGUGAAGAAGAAAAAAUGGUACAAUAUUCAGCUGAGGCAAGACAAGAAAAAAACCUGAAGUUUUUUCAGGCACAUAGCUACAUUCCAAAAAAGAUAUAUAUGUUUCAGUGAUAAUCUUUAGGUACUAUUAACACUUUUUAAGAAGUGGUAUGUGGUUCUGUAUGCUUUGCCGGAUUCAUCUCUUCAUACGCUUUGCUGGAUUCAGAUUCACAUACUCGUCAGCUUCUUCUUCGUCGCUGAAUUCAUAUGUAUCCUGCUGGUUAUUACCGAAAUCUUUUU